CAGAGUGUUUUCUUUGUAAUAUGUGUGUUAUCCGAAUGUAAAAAAAACAACAUUUGUACUUACAUAUUUAUCAGUUUAUAAUGAUAUUACAGGCAUUUAAUGACAUUAAUUUAAGCGGAACUCGAUAUUGGAUAUUUGUUUCCUUACGGAAAAAUUAUAAUAAUACAACUUUUCACUGACGUGCCAUUUUGGCUGAAUAAAUUCAAAUUGCGUCUUUUCACAUUGGAAAUAACUGCAUCAAGAGGACCGCUGUGUUUUUCCGGUCCGAGCCAGUCCGAAUUUGAACUUCCGGAACGAUCCGCUUCUGUCUGACGAACAUGGCUGCCUCGUGGGUGCUCAGGAGAUGGUGCACCACCUCUGUAGCAGCAGCAGCAGCAGCACCCAUUAAGGGCACCCGAUGGGAGAGGUUGAAAAAUAGCAAAUUGGGUGUGUGGUUCAGCGGCAUGUCCAGAGACUACAAGGAGGCGUGUCGUGAGAUUGUGGUGGGUGCGUGGGAGAGGCCAAUCAAAGCUUCCCUCUAUCUGGGCCUCCUUGGUGGAGCCGGCGCCUGCAUCUACACCAACCCAGACGACGCCUCCUUCGAGACCACCGUCCUGGAUAUGGCCAAUCAGCUCGGCCUCCUGACACCGUGGAUACGCAGUGGGACGUCAGAUGGGCACGUGCAGAAGCUGGCGAAGCUUCGUAACGAGGGCAGGUUACGUCACCUCAGCCUGGGCAUGGUCUCACUCACCUACUUUGCCGACUACAACCCGGACGCCAGCCUCUACGAGGCCCAGUGCUCCAAACUCUCUGUCCCCUGGAGGGAGCUCCACACGCGGGUACUGGAUGUGGGCUUUGCGGGCCGCUGGUGGAUCCUGGACCAUAAGAUGAAGGACUAUGAUGUGAACGACGAAGAGUUCAAGCACCUGCCGCCCGCGAUGGCCGCCACAGUGCCCCCUGGUGUCCAGGGGGUGGAGAAGAACGAGAGGCUGCACAAAGAGUCAUGGAUGCCCCUGAAGACGGAGGAGGACGAGGAGAAGGAAAAGGCAUCCGCAGCCACAGAGGAGGAGGGAGGCAUUGUAGAACAGAUAAAGAUGGGCAGUUUAGAUCUUGUAGAAAAAGUAAAGAUGGGCAGUGGAGAUCUUGUUGAAACAAUCAAAAUAAAGACAGGCAUUGUAGCUCAACCACAGGAGCUACCUGACCCAGAACCACAGGAGCUGACACUGACAAAGACUGAGACGGCGACACAGGAGUAGCAGACACAAGCUCAAGCAAAGGCCUAAUGUGUCAUGGACCAAUGGACUCACACUAGCAGGACAAUGAUUGGCG